AUGCCACAGCUUCCGGAGCAGAAUAAUCGGCCUCCGCCUGGGGUGACCGUCAUGUUCAAGAAGUACAAGACCACCAUCCUGCUCUGCCUUCAGCCAGAUGAAAAGCUUUCCGCCGUGAAAAAGGAGCUGCUCGAAGCUUUGAAGAGUCGCGGGGUCAACCAUCUCGGCAACGAUAUCGUCCCCGGCGACCCGGCCGAGCUUGAAUUUGGCCUGCCCAAGGACCGCAGCGAUCUUGAGAAGGGAUGGACACUCUUGAGGACUGAACCUGAUACAACUGUGCAAGAUGCAGGGUUCACCGAUCCCAGCUUUGUGGCAUUCCGCUUCCGCAAGCCUAGCACUUCCGAGCCGAACGAAACAGUGAUGGACCUUGAUCAGGAUGAAGCUAACUGGGAUGUGAUUAUCCCAGGCUUUAUCGACGAGGCCUCGGAUGAUGAGGCCGUUGAGGACGAUGAGGCCGGAGCCAACGUCUGA